CAGAGACCAGAGCAUCAGAGACCAUCUCAGACAAUACAAUCUUCAGCAUCUCAACCAUCUCUGAACCAUGAAGACCCUGACUGCUCUACUCCUCCUGGGACUGCUCUGCUCCCUCCAUACGACGUCUGCAGGUGUCUUUGCGUUGGACACUGCAACUGAAUGCUGUAUGAAAUUCAGCCCGAGGAUCCCUCUUAAACAAGUGGUUUCUCUCAGAACAACUUCCAGUAGCUGCCCUCACAAAGCACUGAUUUUCACCACAAAGAAAGGGAAGACAUUUUGUGUUGACCCUUCUGAAGCCUGGGUCCAGAGUCAUGUGACCAAGAUUGAGAGCAGAUCGACUGCUGCCAAGACGACGACGAUGUCAUCAACCACCAUCACCCCCUAA